AUGGUGGACACACGGACAGAGCGGGCCUACCGGAAGCAGCCCACCAUCUUCCAGAAGAAGAAGCGGGUGUUGCUGGACGACGCCGGCAAGGAGAAGCUGCCUGCUAUUACAAGAGAACCCACCUCCGAUCUGGGGCCACAUCCUCUCAUCAUCAUCAUCAUCAUCAAGGAUUGCCUGCACUACAUCCGCAAAUACAACCGCUUUAAGAAGCGACACAAGAACAUGUCAGUGCACCUGUCUCCCUGCUUCAGGGAUGUGCAGAUUGGGGAUAUUGUGAUGGUGGGAAAAUGUCACCCCAUCAGCAAGAUUUCAACUACCUCAAGGUGA